UGAAUUUCUCUAAAAGCUCUGCAGAUGUUUCAAGCUUUAUACUAAUUUUGCAUCGAAGUUUAAUUGUUAAUGCGAGAAAAGUUGUAAUAAUACAAACUGUGUAUAUCUUAACCGGUUACAGGUCGCACCCCGGGAUCCGCCAUUUUGAAGCGCGCGAACGCCCGCUGCUGACGUGUUGGGUGUAGUCUCCCCGGUGCCGAAUUCCUCACUACCCAACCAUUGUCACGCGCUGUCUCCCGAUUGACAGCAAUUUCCAGCUACUCAUAUCUACCGUUAACAUGGAUAAAAGACGGUGUCACGCUGAUCUUGGCAGUGACGGAUGUGAGAAAUCUCGCAGAUUGUCGCUGGAUGGUGGUGCAUCUGUAGGACAUGAACAUCUGGAACAGGAAAAGCGCGUCAGGCGAGAAAUCGCCAAUAGUAAUGAACGUCGGCGCAUGCAGAGCAUCAAUGCUGGCUUCGACUCCUUACGCAUCUUGCUUCCACCUAUCCAGGACGGCGAAAAGCUCAGCAAGGCUACUAUCUUACAGCUGACGGCGGAGUACAUAAACAGUCUGUUGAAUCGUGUCACUCUGUUGGAAAACGAAGUGGCCAUUUAUCGACAGUCGACCGGCAUCCAACCCACUACUGUCAUUCCAGACUUUUCUGUAGAUCUUGGGUUGUCGAAAAAGAGAAAGUCUGAUGAUCAGAAAAAACGACCCGGGGGAGUACGCUGUCGUCGUAGACGGAUCGAUCCUGAACCAGCGUUCGAUAACUCUCGCCCAGAUCUGCCUCAUUGCUCUCCCAUAAGUGCUGAUACUCAUCAAACCUCGCCUUGCAAUUCCUUCAAUAGCAGUAUCUCCAUAUCACCCCCGUCUCCGCUACCUGACUGCACCAGUACCACAUCGGCUCGCCUGGAGCACUUGGUGAUGGCAAUCGAACAGAUUGAGGGUGGCCGUGCCCUUAGUGGCAAUGGUAAUGAAAGUCAGGAUGAGAGCUUAUCCGCUGGUGAUCAGUCACCUCCUCUGUCGAAUGAAGCCUACUGGUCGAACGCACCCGAAGGCUACCACAGUUGCCUCUGUCCGGAUAUCCAAAGCAGUACGGCGAAGUCUGUAAACUCCUUCCCAGACGUCCUCAUGAUACCCUCCUCUGAAAUUCCUAUAACAGUUCCCGUUAAUGAGGCUGUUUCCUAUCCUAACCAUACCACAGACUACCCGGUCGUCACAAAAUUACUGAACCGCCCUAUUCCACACAAAUAUCUUCACCGGCCACAGCCCAGACGGGCCACAUUACCAUUGGUUACCGCUGGCGAGGGUCGACCACUUGCGGCUGCUUCUGGAAUAUCUGAAUUUGUCCGAUGCCGUUUCUCACUGUGCUUUUCAGGUCCACACAAAACACGGGUACAACUCUUGGCCAUGGACCCUGAACUCAGACAGGUUUGUCAGAACUUACUUCAACAUUGCUUAGCCGGUAUCCGAUGUUAA